AUGAUCGGCCGAAUCCCGUUCCUGUUGUGCUUUCUAGCUCUUACCUUAUUUGCCUCAAAUGUUCGUGGAUGGGAUGCAGAAGAUCAUGAAAUCUUCGAUCUCGUUAGUGCGCUCGAAGCUGCCGAAGGAAAGGGCAUGACCUUUUAUAAAUUCUUGAAUGUACGGAAGAGUGCGAGUCUCAAUGAAAUCAACAAAGCUGCCCGAAAGCUGUCGUUGUCCAUACAUCCAGAUAAACACCCAGGGAACAAAACUAUAGAAGCCAAAUUCUCCCGAUUAGGUUUAAUCACUGCGAUUUUGAGGGACGAAGAAAAGAGAAAACGGUAUAACUUUUUCCAUGACAAUGGUGUUCCACGAUGGAAAGGAACAGGAUAUAUGUACUCACGAUGGCAACCCGGACUUGGAUUUGCUGUUUCGUUUGUGUUGCUGGUAGCGACUCUGAUGCAAUACGGCGCCCAGCACGUAAACUAUCGUUCAGAAAUAGCAAGAAUCCAAAAAUUUCAAUUUGCGGCCCGACAAGCUGCGAGCAAGAAGGUUGAGAAAUCAAGUUCUGGAUCCAAGUCACAAGGACGAAAGAAAGUCAAGAUCUCAAUCAGUAGAAGUUUAAGCAAUGAACAAGAAGGUAAUGGAGAAGAAUCCGAGAUGCCUGUCCCCAAGAGUCGUCAGGAACGUCGGAGAAUGCAGCAAGUUACCGGCUCUAAGGUAGACAAGCCCAGCAACUCUGGCUGGAUUGACAUGGUCGUUGAAGGUGACGAUGUCUGGAUCGUCGCCGAAGAUGGUUCAGAAUUACUACUUGCGGAGUCAGCCGCUGCCAAGCCUGCGUUCCAAAGAACCUUCAUACCUGCAAUGAUUCGCCGGGUCCUCGGCCUCUCUGAUGGAGACAGCACUUCUUCAGCCGCAAAAUCAAACACCCAGGAUGUAGCAGAACCAGAAGGAGAUACUGACGAAGUCGCUAAUACUGAAACUUCUGAAAACUCUAAACCUCAGCAGAAUAAAAAUCGCAAGGGGGGCAAAUCAAAAACCAACUAA